AUGUCUGAGGUGCUCUCCCGACUGAAUAAACAGAAUUGUAGAUUGGAGGUAGACACUGUAGUCCCAACAGACCCUCCCCCCAUUAAGAAAUUACAUGGGGAGGAUCUAAAGUAGUUGCCUUCAAUCAGCCGUUUGCCUUUAAAAUAGUGUUUGUCAGGGCUGCUUUUUUUGUCAUAGGAACUCCUUUGCAUACUAGGCCAUGUAACCCUGAUGUAGCCAAUCCUUCAAAAGCUUACAUUAGGCCCUCUAAGAAGAGCCCUGUGAACUCUUGGAGGAUUGGCUACAUCAGGGCUGUGUGGCCUAAUAGGCAAAGGAGUUCCUGCGACAAAAAAAGUCUUGGCAUUCGUGAAUCCUGAAAACCUCCAGCCAUAAAGCACUUUUCCAUAUUUGCUUUUCUCCUGGAUGCUCUGCUUGGAAAUUCACCUCCUUCUCAAGGAAGACAUUUUGCUCCCCUACUCUGCCGCUGGAGCUCCCUGGAGGACCUUCAGCCUGGCCUACCUCACCAGGAUGCUCCUCUCAACAGACAUGAGGCAGUGAAUGACAGUUCCAGAGGUGAACAUUCUCAAUCAGAGAUGCAGGAGGAGCAGGUGAGGAGGACCAGAGCCCCUGAAAGCUGGGUCCAGAAGCGCACCCGUCAGCCCGUCAGGAUCGAUGCCUCGCAGCUGCCUUUACGCAACUCCGAUUCAGAAGAUGAAGAGCCAGCAAAGAAGAAGAAGAAGCUGUCCUUUCAGGGCCCUGGCGAGGGAUCUGGCUUCUCCGCGCUGCUUCAGCCCAUACACUUGACAGUGAAGGGGACAAAAUGGCUGCUUCUACCUUAUGCUUUCUCAAAGAAAGUGUCUGACAACUCCCGGCAACACGAAGAGCCCGAACUGGCUGAAGUCCCAGGGUCUUCUUCAGAGGCCACGACAACUUCCUCUCCAUCUGCCACCACGGCAGCAGCUAAGAGUGGGAAUAAAGAAUACAAGGAAGAGAGCGACACCAACACAACAACUCUUUUAGCCGAGCCUGAAAAGAUAAAAGAGGGGGCUGAAGAAGAAGCCGGAAAGGUGCAAGAGCAUCUUGUGGACAGAUGAAUCCUUCUAAUGAAACCAAAUUGAGAUUGAUCUUGAUGUGGUUUUGAAGGGAACAGGUUGUUAUGGGAGAGGAGGGAGAGGAGAUUUCACAUAAUAGGCCGUGUAAAUUGACAUGUUUUAUGGAUGUGGGGGUUGGGGGUUGAAUCACAUGUCAGUUUUCUACUGUGAGCUCUUUCAGGUUCAGGGUCUCUCUUUCUACCUGACUCACAUUGCUCAUGUAUACUGAUCCAUCAUAAAGAUACUGGGUUUUUAAAACAGUGUGCUCUGUUCAUAUAAUCUGGUUUUGUACUGAUUGAAUUUGAAAUAAAAUCACUGUGUCUGCA